GCUUUAGAGCUGGACAUGUUGAUCUCCAUUUACAGCUUUGGGAUCUCUCAUUCUGGUGGAUUCUCUCUCUCAUUCUGUGAUGAUUCAUUUAACUUAAGUUCUAUUCCAAAGAAGAGGAGUUCGCUUUCAUGGGCUCCCUCAGAAUUGCGUUUAGCUCGAAACAGAGAACUGAUUGAGUCCAAGGCAAAUAAGGCAAGCAAAAAAGAUGACAUCAAAUGCAAAGAAAGCAGAUUAGAACAAAUAUCAGAGCUUGAUCUCAAACCCAUCUCAAAGCUAUCAAUCACAGAGCUGAAGUAUACCCAUACUCUGCAGCAAUUCUUGGAGUUGCAGAGACUUGAUGAAGCAAAGGACUUGUGUUUGAAGAUGAAAAGAAAAGGAUUUGAACCUGCGAUUGUUCUACAGUCGAUGCUGAUCGAUCUCUUUAUGAAAUCUUCUUGUAUGUCUGAUGCUUUUGAGGUGUUUGGAGAAAUGUCCGAAAGGAAUGUAGUCACUUGGACCUCGAUAAUUUCUGGUUGUGUUCGGAAUGGUUAUCCGGAAAUUGGUAUUUCUUUGUUUUGGGAGAUGAUUAAAAUGGGUGCUCUUCCCAAUGACAUCACCUUAAAUGUCGUACUUAAGGCUUGUGCUGACCUUGCUACAUUGGAUUUGGGAAUUCAGAUUCAUUCUUUUGUUGUAAGAACUGGGUUUCUUCGCUAUUGUAGGACCGAGAAUUGCUUGAUUGAUUUUUACUCAAAGUGCGGCUUAAUUGAUUCAGCCCAUCAAAUUUUCAUCAGAAUGUUGAAGCCUGAUUUGGUAUCUUUCACUUCCAUGAUUGGAGGUUAUUUAAAAAAUGGUUUGCUUGAACCAGCAUUUGGAUUGUUUGAUAGGAUGAGGAAGUUGGGGCUGGAUCCAAAUGAACACACCAUCAGUAGCAUUUUGGUUGGCUGUCAACCUAGAGUUGGUGAGCAGAUUCAUGCUUACAUGGUUAAAACCUUUUUGGAUCAGACUCUCUACUCUGCAAGUGCUCUGAUGGAAUUUUAUUCAAAGAACCACUCUUUUGAGAGUGCCAAGCUGGUUUUUGAAAAGUUAGAAUCUAUGAGUGUGGUGACUUGGAGCUCAAUGAUCUCCUGCUGUACCAGAAAUGAGCUUGGAUACGAAGCUCUGGAGUUGUUCUACAGAAUGGUCAAUCUAGGGAUCAAACCCAAUGAGUAUACCUUUGUAGCUGUUAUCGGGGCUUGUGGUUUAUCCCCUAUGUUCAUAGGAAUGGGAAAGCAAGUCCAUUGCUCUGUAAUAAAGUUGAAUUUGGGAAUGGACAACCGGAUCUUAAAUGCCUUGGUUACCAUGUAUGCAAGAAACAGCAAGAUAGAAGAGCUUGGGAAAGUGUUCAAGAAAAUCCAGGAUCCUGAUACUGUUUCAUGGUCUGCAGCCAUAACCGGUUACACCCAAAAUGGGUUGAGUGAGAAAUCAACAAGCUUAUUUUGCCAAAUGCAUAAGAGUGGAGCUAAGCCUAAUGAAUAUGGAUUUUCUGGUGUUCUUAGUUCAUGUGCUACUCAGGCUUUAUUGGAUCAAGGAAAACAGUUUCAUGGUUUUGCAUUGAAGUUAGGAUGUGAUACUGAUGUUUGUGUAGGAAAUGCACUUGUUAAUAUGUAUGCUAAGUGUGGGAAUAUCGAUAAUGCACGGUUGGCAUUUGAUGGCAUGCCUAGACAUGAUCUCAUGUCAUGGAACACAUUGAUUCACGGGUAUGCUCAUCAUGGGCAUGGGAAAAAGGUCCUUCAACUCUUUGAUGAGAUGGUUGAAUCAGGUGUCAUCAAACCUAACAAUGCUACAUUUGUGGGAAUCUUGAAUGCAUGUAGUCAUGUAGGUUAUGUAGAGGAGGCAUUUGAGUACUUUAAGAUCAUGGAGAGUUGCUAUGGAAUUGUCCCUUCCAUGUCUCACUAUGCUUGUCUGGUUGACAUGAUGGGUCGAGCGGGAAGGCUCGAUGAAGCAGUCCUGAUUAUUGAACACAUGCCAUUCCAACCAGAUUAUUUGAUAUGGAAAACUCUUUUAGGAUCUUGUAGAGUGCACAUGAACUUAAAACUAGGUAAGCACGCUGCACAGAGGGCUAUUGAAUUGUUCCCUGAGGAUUCUGCAAAUUACGUUCUUCUUUCAAACUUACUUGCUGAUUGCGGGGAAAGGUUGGACUCAGAGAGGACAAGGAAGAUGAUGGAAGAGAGAGGAGUAAAGAAAGAUGCUGGUUGGAGUUGGAUUGAGAUAAAGAGUACGGUGAAUGCCUUUAUGUCUAGGGACAGAAAUCACCCAGAAGCACAAGCCAUCUACCAGAUAUUGGAUGAACUUCUAGUGAAAAUGAAAGAAGAAGGUUACUCCCCUGACUUCAGCUGGGCACUAUAUGAUUCAUGACAAGUGAAUAACCGAUGAUAAUACUGCCAUAAUGGAGAUGGGAUUGUGGUCUUUUAAAUACCAAAUAGUAAGUCUUUUGAAGCCUUUAUCAGUGGUAUAAAUAAUAAUGCUGCUUAUGGGUUUAGUAUUACAAUGCUCAACAUGUUUCAUUGGAUAUUU